AUGGCCCACGUACUACAUGACUUGCCAGAGGAGCAGAAGGUUCGCAUCGUAAGAGGCGGUGCUCCCAGACGGUUCUGUGGCAACCUUCCUCUUGAAACCCACAUCGAUAUUUGGACUCUAGGACAAAUCUAUCGUCCCACGAAGGAAUACGUGCUACUUGGAUAUUGCAGCAUGGUUUUCGACGGCUGCGAGCUGGGCGUUGUUUGUACUUGGGAGUGUGUCAAGUCUCACGUUUCGGAUAUGAGUAACAAGGUACUUCUAGAUUUGUCCCCAGUACGCCAAAUCGAGCUUAAGAAGGCGGGUUCGGAUUUAUACGUGAGAGGUUAA